CGACACUCCACGAACAGGAGCGCACGGGUUAAUUCGAUUCCCAAAAUCGAGAAUAAACGAAGUAUCUGCUGCAGUCCGUGAUCCGUUGAAGCUCUCUCAUGGGCUCUUCGAAGAGAAAAGUGGUCGAGGACACGACCGCAGAACCUUCGCCGAAGCACCACAGAGCCAAUGGCCCUGCCAUGGUUGAAGACGAACCGGUUGCGUGUGUCCAUGAUGUGUCCUACCCCGAGGGUUCUUUCAAUCCUCUCCCUUCCACUGGAGAGAAGUUGGAACCCGCUAAGGUGUUCCCUUUCUCUCUAGACCCUUUUCAAUCUGAGGCUAUUGGGUGCUUGGAGAAGGGAGAAUCUGUCAUGGUGUCUGCCCAUACAUCAGCUGGUAAAACUGUUGUGGCAUUGUAUGCAAUUGCCAUGUCUCUUCGGAAUAAACAGCGUGUCAUAUAUACUUCACCAAUCAAGGCACUCAGCAACCAAAAAUAUAGGGAAUUUAAAGAAGAAUUCUCGGAUGUUGGUUUAAUGACUGGGGAUGUAACAAUUGAACCAAAUGCAUCUUGUCUGGUCAUGACCACAGAGAUUUGGCGUAGUAUGCAGUACAAAGGAUCGGAGGUAACUCGGGAAGUGGCAUGGAUUAUUUUUGAUGAAGUACAUUACAUGCGUGAUAGGGAGCGAGGUGUUGUUUGGGAAGAGAGCAUUGUCAUGGCUCCAAAGAAUGCUCGAUUUGUCUUCCUCUCAGCAACUGUACCAAAUGCAAAAGAAUUUGCCGAUUGGGUUGCAAAGGUUCACCAACAACCAUGUCAUAUUGUUUAUACUGACUACCGACCAACACCUCUUCAACAUUAUAUUUUCCCAUCUGGAGGUGAAGGCUUAUACUUGGUGGUUGAUGAAAAAGGACAUUUUCGUGAGGAUAGUUUUCAAAAAGCUUUAAAUGCACUUGUCCCCGCUAGUAAUGGUGACAAGAAAAGGGAGAAUGGGAAGUGGCAGAAGAGUUUGACUUUGGGCAAAUCUGGUGAAGAAAGUGAUAUAUUUAAGAUGGUGAAGAUGAUAAUUCAGCGUCAAUAUGAUCCAGUUAUACUUUUCAGCUUUAGCAAAAGAGAAUGCGAAUUUCUUGCAAUGCAGAUGGCAAAAUUAGAUCUAAAUGGCGAUGAUGAAAAGGUGAACAUAGAAACCAUCUUUUGGAGUGCCAUGGAUAUGCUUUCGGAUGAUGAUAAGAAGCUUCCUCAGGUUUCAAAUAUGUUGCCUCUCUUGAAGCGUGGAAUAGGAGUCCACCAUUCUGGCUUGCUCCCUAUUUUGAAGGAGGUGAUUGAGAUAUUAUUUCAAGAAGGGCUAAUUAAGUGUUUGUUCGCCACAGAGACCUUCAGCAUUGGUUUAAACAUGCCAGCAAAAACUGUUGUCUUCUCUAAUGUCCGUAAGUUUGAUGGGGAUAAAUUCAGAUGGUUAUCAAGUGGAGAGUAUAUACAGAUGAGUGGUCGAGCUGGACGGAGAGGAAUUGAUAUACGAGGGAUAUGUAUCCUUAUGGUAGAUGAGAAGCUGGAACCAUCAACUGCUAAAAUGAUGCUCAAGGGAAAUGCUGAUUGCUUGAACAGUGCUUUUCAGUUGAGUUAUAACAUGCUCUUGAAUCAAAUCCGUUCUGAAGAUGGCGAUCCUGAAAAUCUUCUGCGCAAUUCCUUUUAUCAGUUCCAAGCUGACCGCAACAUACCUAACCUCAAGAAAGAAAUGAAAAACCUUGAAGAGGAGAGGGAUUCCAUUGUGAUUGAAGAAGAAGAUAGUUUGAAGAAUUAUUAUGAUUUGCUAAAGCAGUAUAAAAGUUUGAAGAAGGAUAUUCGUGACAUUGUGUUGUCUCCUAGAUACUGUCUGCCAUUUUUGCAACCUGGCAGGCUUGUAUCUAUUGAAUGCAAUACUGAUGAUCAGACUUCUUCAUCUUUCUCCAUUAAGGACCAAGUUACAUGGGGAUUGAUAAUUAAUUUUCAAAGGGUGAAAGGUGGUUCUGAAGAGGAUGCUAGCACGAAACCGGAAUCUGCAAAAUACACUGUGGACGUUCUUACAAGAUGUGUUGUCAGUAAAGAUGGCAUAGGGAAAAAAAUUGUUAAGAUUGUUCAAUUGAAAGAGCAUGGAGAACCUCAUGUCGUUUCCAUUCCAAUCUCUCAGAUCAGUACUUUAGCUAGUAUUCGGAUACUCAUACCCAAUGAUCUUUUGCCACUGGAAGCUCGAGAAAAUACAUUGAAGAAAAUUUCUGAAGUUCUAUCAAGAUUUCCAAAGGGGGUGCCUCUUCUAGAUGCAGAAGAAGACAUGAAAAUUCAAAGUGGUUCAUACAGAAAGGCCAUGCGUAGAAUAGAGGCUUUGGAAAGCCUCUUUGACAAGCAUGAGGUGGCAAAAUCAACACUUGUUGAGCAGAAGCUUAAGGCAUUACAUAUGAAGCAAGAGCUGACAGCUAAGAUCAGGUCAAUUAAGAAAACGAUGCGUUCUUCUUCUGCAUUGGCUUUCAAAGAUGAACUGAAGGCCAGGAAGCGAGUAUUGCGGAGGCUUGGUUACAUCACAAGUGAUGAUGUAGUGGAAUUGAAAGGCAAGGUGGCUUGUGAAAUCAGUAGUGCAAAUGAAUUGACUCUUUCAGAGCUCAUGUUCAAUGGGGUUUUCAAAGACAUAAAAGUGGAGGAAGUCGUCUCUCUGCUAUCUUGUUUUGUGUGGCAAGAGAAACUUCAGGAUGCAGCAAAGCCUAGGGAAGAGCUUGAGUUGCUUUUCAUUCAAUUACAAGACACAGCUCGAAGGGUUGCUAAGGUUCAGCUUGAAUGCAAGGUCAAGAUCGAUGUGGAAGGCUUUGUGGGUUCAUUUAGACCAGAUAUAAUGGAGGCUGUGUAUGCUUGGGCAAAAGGAUCCAAGUUCUAUGAGAUCAUGGAAAUAACACAGGUUUUUGAAGGGAGUUUGAUUAGGGCAAUUAGAAGACUGGAGGAAGUUCUGCAACAGCUUAUACUUGCAGCAAAAUCCAUUGGUGAAACUGAUCUUCAAUCAAAGUUUGAAGAGGCUGUUUCCAAAAUCAAAAGGGAUAUUGUCUUUGCUGCUUCUCUGUACUUGUAGUAGUUUCUUUUUCCCCCCAUUUUUCAUUACAAUUUUUGUACAACUUCGAGUGGAUAUCUGUAUGCGGCUCUUUGUAAAGUUUCCUGUAUUUAUUUGAUUAUUAACUUUAUAUUAGUGUUGUUAUUAUAUGAUGGACAUUUCCUGCUGGUUGUAGCACUUA